AUGAAGAUCGACCAGUCACAACUUGCUACUGAAUGGAGGAAGUGGAAACGCAGCUUGGAAUAUUUCUUGGCUGCCAGUGGAAUAACUGGUCAGCGGGAAAUGCGUAAUCAGCUGCUACAUCUUGGUGGUCCAGACCUCCAAGAUAUAUUCGACAAUCUGCCUGGUGUUCAUGAUAUUCCCCACGUUACCCCUGAUCCGCCCUUCUACGACGUUGCUAUCUCAACACUUGAAGCUCAUUUCCAGCCAUGUCGUAGACGAACAUACGAAAGACAUGUGUUUCGGCAGAUCGCACAGCUGCCCGGAGAAAGAUUUGGAGACUUCGUGAUGAAGCUACGUGUUCAAGCAAAACGGUGUGAUUUUGACCUGAAGGGGACUUCAGUAACCGAGAGUAUGAUCAUAGAUCAAAUAGCGGAGAAAUGCAGUUCAUCCGCACUUCGGAAAAAAGUUCUGGAAAAAGACCGUCCUUUGGAAGAAGUGGUUGCGAUCGGGAAGACUAUGGAAGACGUAGAAUUGCAGUGCAAGGAAAUGAGUCAAACAGAGAAAUAUAAGGCGACAGUUGAAACAGUGAACAAGGUAAACUUCCAGAGGAAGGUUCCGCCCAGCGUGUCUGGAUACCGAUCCCUCGACCGAUCCCAUGAUUUCCGAGGAGAUCGAAGACAGUACGUGAAUACACAAUCUCGUUUCAAGCCGGACGGUAGACCGAACUGGAAUGUACCGUCAAACCCACGAAUGGCCGUUAAAGGAACUGAUGAGCGUCAUCCUAACUUUGAUGCAAGAAUUUGUUUCGGAUGCGGUCGUCGAGGACAUUUAAGGGGAGGCUCAGUUUGUAUUGCAAAGGAUGCACAAUGUCGAAAAUGCUGCAGUUUUGGCCAUUUUGCGAAAUGGUGCACAAAACGCCAAAUCGAGGAGGCGAACGAGAUGGUUCCAAACAAGAGAAUUAAAGCGGUGUAUGAGACAAAUGUCCAAACCAAGACAAGCGAUGACAAACCAAGGAGUAAUACGGAUGCAGAGAUAUGCUACGUGAUGGGCGAGAAUGUUUUCAGGUUCAUAGUUGGAGGAGUUGGAGUUGAAAUGACCAUCGAUUCAGGAGCUGCAGCCAAUCUCAUUGACUGCCGCACAUGGAAAACAUUACAAGCUAAGGGUGCAAAGCUAACGUAUAGUACCAAGGUAAAUCGCUCCUUCAAGGCAUAUGGGUCUGCAACUCCCUUGAAAAUCAUUGGUAUGUUCACGGCGGUAAUCGUAGCCGGCGACAGCAAAGCGAUAGCAACGUUCUAUGUCGCUGAGAAUGGAACACAAAGCCUACUGGGAGACGAGACUGCUAAAGAACUGAAGGUUUUAAAAAUAGGCUAUAAUGUGGGAUCCGUUCAAGCCUCGGAAAUAUUUCCGAAAAUAAAAGGAGUUUUAGUAGAAAUUCCUGUCGAUCCCAAUGUAAAACCGGUCCAACAACCUUACAGAAGGGCACCAUUUGCGCUGGAAGCUAAAAUUACCGAAAAGCUACAAAGCUUGCUGGAUCGAGACAUCAUCGAGAAAGUCGAUGAGCCGUCACCGUGGGUAUCUCCCAUUGUACCUAUUCUCAAAGACAAUGGAGAGAUUCGAUUGUGUGUGGACAUGCGCAGAGUGAACAAGGCGAUUCUAAGAGAAACUCAUCCAUUGCCGAUCGUCGAGGAACUGUUUGGUGGAAUAAAUGGGGCCAUUCGUUUUUCAAAGUUGGACAUAAAGGAAGCCUACCACCAGGUUGAAAUUGCGAAACGUUCAAGGGAGGUUACAACUUUCAUUACAAAGCAAGGUUUGUUCAGAUUCAAGCGGCUCAUGUUUGGCAUAAGCUGUGCUCCAGAGUUGUUCCAGAAAGUCAUGGAGUCCGUGAUUGCCGGGUUGGAAGGAGUCGUUGUCUAUCUGGACGAUCUGAUGGUGUCAGGACGAACUCAAGAGGAGCAUGACUUUAGGCUGGCCCGACUUAUGGAGCGCAUUCAGGAAUACGGAAUCCUUUUGAAUGAGGAAAAAUGUGUGUUCAACGUAUCGAGUAUAGAGUUCGUUGGUCAUGCAUUAUCUAGCGAAGGGUCAAACAAUUUGGCAGAUGUUUUCUCACGGUUAGCUGUCUCGCAACCAACAGAGUUCAACGUUUCGGAUGAGAGCUGCAUCUAUCAACUGGCACUGGCCAGCAUCCCGCAUGCUGUUACUGUUCAGGAAGUUGCCGAUGAAACAUCGAACGAUGGAAUUUUACAAAAAGUGAUCGAAAGUUUGCAAACUGCAAGCUUGACGAUAAAGGCAUUGCAUGAAACAUUCUGUCGGUUUGGAAUGCCGGAGACUGUUAAAACGGACAAUGGUCCUCAGUUCAUAAGUAGCGAACUCCAGGAUUUCUGUAAGCAAUACGGCAUCGAGCAUAGGAGAACAACGCCAUACUGGCCCCAAGCCAAUGGGGAGGUCGAGAGGAUAAAUCGAUCAAUUGGAGUAGCUCCAUCGGCCCUUAUGUUUGGAAGAAAGCUAAAGGAUAAACUUCCCGGGCUCAUGUUCAAGGGUACUACGAUAUUGGAAGAGAUUCAGGAUCGCGAUCAUAUUAGGAAGAUGAAGGAAGCGGAGUAUGCGGAUAAACGACGAAUGGCCAAGUCAACAGAAACAGGAAGGAUUAUACACAGGAAUGUAUCACACGUGAAGAAACUAUUUCCUACGAUUACCGAUAGCUUAGAAAAGCCAAACGAACAUCAACUAGAGAUGGAAGCAACCAGCGCGGAUUCUAAGGUAAUCGAAACGAGCAGUGAUGAAUCUAACGUACCGAACAAAAGGACAGAUGAUAUGAAAACUCGGCCCCGAAGAGAAUCGAAGCAACCAGCAUAUUUGAAAGAUUUUGAUGUACAUAACAUUGAUUUUUAA